GAGAUUAACGAACAAGAGUUUUUCGCCAUCAUGACAGAUGAUGCAUAGCUCUCUUCCUUGAUGGUUGUCACCUCUUCCUAUUUUCUCGAGUUGUAUACUGUUAUACCCGCUCUGGCUGGUUAUUAUCUAUUAACUCCCAAUUGUUUAGUAAUAUAUUGCGAUUGUUCUCUGUCUGGAACAUUCACGAAUUUCGUCCUCUGUGCCAUGUUCAUUAGAAUCCCUCGUGUAAUUGUACAGCUACCGGCUGAUAUGUAAUACGCCGCUGAGUUAUGUCUAUUCUAUGAAUCCU